AUGAAACGCUCCGAAAGCACUUCAAAAAGUCAGUCAAAUGGAGGUAAGAGCCGGAUGAAUCGACAUGAUAUUGCAAAUCAAGCACUAGGAUACGACGAUUCAGUUGCGCCACACCUGUUCCCCCAGGCAUUCUCAUCACACCACGGAUCGGAUUCGCGUCCCUUCUCGAUGAUGAGCCGACGCGGCAGUGACGUGGAUACUUUCCGCAAUAUGGGAUCGGGAUCAACUUCUCGUGCUCCCAGUGAAUUUGGACAUUUGCCACACUCCACAGCCCAAGACAUUUCCUCCUCCGCGUCGAUACGCCCAACAGUGACUUCUACAACGCACGACUCGCUUGUUCGUCCAUUGCUGACAAUUGAUACUUACAAGGAUUCGCCAGCCAAGUCUGGGCAGGAGAACGAUGGGCCUGAAAUUCCACGCAAGGCUCGGACCUUGGCUUCACCACAAGACCAACUGCCUGGCAUGUUUCUGUCGACCACACCAACCAGUCCCACAGCACCAACCUCGCCACGGAUGGGUAACAAUGAAUCGACGGGCGCGUACCGGGACCUAUCGAAAGGAGCCGUUGUCGAGACAAAUCAUGAGGGUAAUCCAGCAGAGCCUACUAAACAUCCGAAGAUCGUGGCAUCACCACGGCAAUCUAGGCAGUUCUCUAUAUCGAGCUUGCCGCUCUCUUCGAUUGAAAUGCCGGGACUCACGGCUGCAGCGGAAUUUUUGCCGCCAGAUAGCCAGUCGGUUGGCAAGUCGCAGUUCUCUACGCCUUUAUUGGUCCCAGACGGCAGUGGACCGCUCUCAUGGAACAACGACAUGGGCGAUCAAGUUACUGGCUUUGCGGUGGCGAGCUCAAAGCGAAAUGCCGACUUCCAUGCUCUAUUUCCCUCAUUGCCGGAGGACGACUAUCUCAUUGAGACCUAUUCUUGCGCGAUCUCACGCGACUUGUUGAUCCAAGGCCGAAUGUAUGUGUCAGAGGCGCACCUCUGUUUCCACUCGAAUAUUUUCGGUUGGAUCACGUCCUUUACCGUUGCUUUUGCGGAUGUGGUAUCGAUUGAGAAACGCAAUACAGCCUAUCUCAUACCCAACGCUAUUUGUAUUCGUACACUGCAAAAUCGCUACCUCUUCAGCUCGCUUGUGUCACGCGACCUCACGUACAGUAUGCUUGUCAGUGUCUGGCGAAUGUCCUCGCCAAGCGAGACCGCACAGGAGGUGGCUGCGUCAAUGUCGGAUGCGUCUGAGGAAAAUGACCUAUCUGACGACGAUGACGAUGAUAAGAAAUCUGCAGAGGCUGCAGCGCCAGGGUUCACUGCAGAAACGGCAACACCUUCAAACGCGGCGCCCUCUGUGACGUCACCGAACCCUAGGGACAGCACAGAUGCGCCAAGGACGUCGCUUACGCCUGAACAAACAAAUGAGGGAAUUGCGAUCGGCAAGAACGAAUCAAAUUCAACGCCGAAUGCGAAAGGAAAGUCUGAAGGGAUGACUAAGCGGGAAAAGCUUCGCAGGCACCUGUCGAAGGCGCGAAAAAAUAUCAAAAAGAAAGACCCAAUGAGUGCAAACCCCGCAACCGCUGUUGCGGGCGACGACGACAAUUCAGACGACUCGGACAGCAGCAUGAGUGAAGGAGCUGACGGCAGCGAAGACCAUCCCACGACAACAUGUGAUUGCGAUAGCGAACAGGCACAUCUGGCCAAUGUCGUACUAGAUGAAGUGUUCGAUGCGACACCGCAACAAGUGUUUGAUCUUAUCUUCGUCAAUGACUUUAUGGAGAAGUUUUGGAGCGACAACCAGAAGCUGUUCGACAUCGACAUUGGAGAAUGGAGUAGCGACAAGGUCACAAUACCUGAUGCUACAGCCGCACGUGCCGUUUCGUACACGAAACCGCUCAACGGUCCUAUUGGGCCUAAACAAACGAAGUGUUUGAUCACGGACGAGCAGCUACACAUGGACUUUGAUAAGUUUUGUACAGCCGUCACAACGACCCGUACGCCCGAUGUGCCAAGCGGGAACAAUUUUGCCGUGCGUACGCGUCAGUGCUUUACAUGGGCAGAGUAUGGCCGGUGUCGCUUGUACGUCACAUGCGAUGUCGAAUGGACGGGACGAAGCAUGAUCAAGGGCGUGAUUGACAAGGCGUCAGUUGAAUGA